AUGGUCUACACAAUCGUUGUCCACAUGCGCGCAAAGGCAGACGAGGAGUCCAUCUCCAAGCUGCACGCUAAGCUCCUCGAGGCCUCGGCCGUCUACUCCAAGGACAAGGAGACCCUCUCCUGGUUCGUCAUGCAGUCUGUGCAUGAUAAGCAGGAUUUCACCAUUGUCGAGCGCUACGAGCAGGAAUCGUCGCAGCAGUACCAUCUCAAUAACCCAUACUGGAAGACAUUCGAUCCUUAUGUUAUUCCUCUUUUGGAGAAGGAUAUGGAUUUGAGACGCUUUGAGGAGUUGGUUUAG